CUCCUGCCUUCCGCUACUUGGGCUCUUUGCCAGCGCAGGCAGCGCUCAGACUCUGCCAGGAAGCGCAGAGGCGGGCAACUCCGUGCCAUGGCUGAGCCAUCCCGAACGGCCGAUCCUCUGCCCCGCGGCAAGCAGUAACGUAGCCAGCCCCGCCAGCCCCAGGUGGGGGAGGGACGCCCAGCUCCACCCCCCAGGAUGCCGUUUGGCUGCAUCGGACUGCGGGAUGAAAAGAAUUACAACAGCCUUUCUGACAUCACCGACAAGUAUGAGAUUGGACAGCUGCUACGAGCGAAGGAAUUCUGUGAGAUCUGUGUGGCCCGUGAACGACAAACAGACAGGCUGUACAUCUGCAAGAAAUUUCUCAAGAAAGAUGGACGCAAAGUGCGAAGAGCAGCCAAGAAUGAAAUCUUCAUCCUAAAAAUGGUCAAUCACCCCAAUAUCUUACAACUGAUUGACACAUUUGAAACGAGGAAGGAAUUCUACAUUAUCCAAGAACUGGCUACUGGCGGCGAUGUUUUUGACUGGAUCCUAGACCAGGGCUACUACACAGAAAAGGAUGCCAGCAAUGUUGUGCGGCAAGUGCUGGAGGCAUUAGCUUAUUUACAUAAUCUGCACAUUGUUCACCGCAAUCUAAAGCUGGAGAAUCUUAUGUACUACAACCAGAAUAACCGCUCAAAAGUGGUUCUGCGGGAUUUCUAUCUCUCACGCUUUGAGAAUGGUGCCAUCACAGACCCAUGUGGGACCCCUGAAUACUUAGCUCCUGAAGUGGUUGCUCGGCAACGCUAUGGACGUCCUGUAGACUGCUGGGCUGUCGGAGUUAUCAUGUUUAUUCUAUUGUCUGGGAACCCCCCAUUCUAUGAUGACACAGAUGAUGAAAAUAGCGACAGUCACAACCGCCGAAUCUUCCGCAAAAUUCUGGCUGGGGAGUAUGAUUUUGACUCUCCAUAUUGGGAUGAUAUCUCCGUCGCUGCUAAAAAAUUGGUGACGAGACUAAUGGAGGUAGAUCAAGACCAACGAAUCACAGCCCAAGAAGCCUUGGGACAUAUCUGGAUAUCGGGAAACAUUGCUUCCGAAAAGAACCUCAAAGAAGGGGUCUGUGCACAGAUUGAGAAAAAUUUUGCCAAGGCUAAAUGGAGGAAAGCCAUCCGAGUCACUACAUUCAUGCAACGUCUCCGGGCCACAGAUGUCAGUGGCCGCCUCCCUGUUACUCCUCGUACCUCUAUGAGCGUGGCUCACGAGGUCACCAUUGAAGCUCCCAGACUGGCUGAACAUUUGGAGACUCCAUGUUCACUAGAGGAGCAAGAGAGCAAGACAGAAGUAGUAGCUGCUGAGCAGAGAGAAUAA